AUGCAGCAGGCUGCCCCCGUCCAGCAGAGCUCUGGCGGUGGCUUCCUGAGCCAGGUCGCCUCGACCGCUGCUGGUGUCGCUGCCGGUCACGUCGCUGCUACCGGUAUCACCAACGCUCUCGGCUGGGGCUCUAGCUCCCACGCCGCCCCCGCUGAGCAGGCUGCUCCCGCCCAGAACCAGGCUAUGGACAACGGUCUGUGGCAGGGCAACGCUACCCAGCAGUCCUGGGAGAACCCUGCUUGCGAGACUGAUAUCCGCAACUUCCGCCGGUGCAUGGACGAGAACAAGGGUGAUAUGUCUAUCUGUGGUUGGUACAUGGACCAGCUGAAGGCUUGCCAGGCUGCUGCUAAGCCCUACUAA